CGUGUGCUGCUGCGCUAAUGUUGCAUUUCAUAUAUAUAAAACUGUGUGCCGUGAUUAUACCAGAAAACUAGAGGAAUCGCACCGUAAGGAACUGAGUAUAUAUUUUUCAGUCGAUUCAUUGUAUUUAUGUGAUACGCACGCGACGUUCUGCUGUUUAAUAAAAUAAUUGAACUGGUGAUCUAAUUUUCACGGUAUUUCAUAGUAAAUGAUUGUAUAAAGUUAAUGUGAGAAUAUUGAUGGUGAUGUCUUCUGAAAUUUAAUUUGAUCAAUUGAAUUGAUUUACUGCUUUUAUCGAAAAGUUAGUCUGAAGUUCUUUGAAGCUAUUUUUAUUGAACAUACAAAAAUAAAGGUAUUAAUCUGGUGAUUGAACAUCGCUGUAAAAUGCCUCACACAGGCCAGGCAGGUGUUAACCAAUUGGGAGGUGUUUUCGUUAAUGGGCGACCGCUUCCGGAUUGUGUUCGAAGAAGAAUUGUUGAAUUAGCACUGAUGGGCGUCAGACCUUGCGACAUUUCCCGACAAUUACUGGUGUCACACGGUUGUGUUUCGAAAAUAUUGACACGAUUUUACGAGACCGGGUCGAUUCGUCCUGGAUCCAUUGGUGGAAGUAAAACAAAGCAAGUGGCAACACCGACUGUGGUGAAGAAAAUCUUACGUUUCAAACAGGAAAAUCCGGGUAUGUUUGCAUGGGAGAUUCGAGAUCAACUACUUUCACAGAGAAUUUGCGAUCCAAAUACAAUACCAUCAGUUAGUUCCGUCAACCGAAUCCUCCGUAAUGGUGGUUUAUGGACUGAUGAUAUGAAUAAUGAUCAAAUAAUCAGAGAUGUGUCAUCCUCAUCAUCAUCAUCCAGCUUCAUUCCAUCAAAGACAAUGUCUCAACAUUCCAUAUACCAAACACAUAGCGGUGACCAUCAUAUGCCUCUCAACGUAAAUCAUUACCGAUAUCCGUCAUCAGCAACAUCACCAGUAGAUAUCAAACCACAGUCAACAUUUACUCAUCCAAGAACCACACCAGUCAAUAUACUCCAAAAUCAAUCAAUUCCAACAUUACAAAGUAACUUAGAUUCACCUACGCCGCUUGUUAAACCAACACCAUUAUCCUCACCAGAUAUUCCAUCAAAUUAUCCCCAAAUCCCGAAACAUUGGCUAUGGAAUUCGAAUUUCUUUUAUCCCACAUCACGUUCAAUACACGACGGCUUUCUUCCAUAUUCAUCUAAUUUUUCUGGAAUAUUUAAUGCGUCCCGCGCGACAUCAUUGGAUCUACUAACGAAGACGAUCGAUCUAUCGCAGCACAGUUCUGAGGCCAACAGUGACGAUUCAUUGGACAACAACGAUAAUGGGAAAAGAUCGCCAUCCACUCAUCCAUCAUCGAAGGACGGCCACAAAAAGAAGAAUCCAUAUUCCAUUGAGGAAUUGUUGAAAAAGCCAGAAAAAAGGAUCAAAUUGGACAGUGGUGCAACAGCAUUUCAUCCAUCGAUUUUAAUUCAUGAUACUGCAACAGUAGGUCAUUGCGAAGAAAUACAUGUGGAUGGAAAGUAUGAAAAGAGUAACAUUCCAAUUGAGGUGUGUGAGUAAUUGUGUGUGUGUGAUAUCAAUUUGAACAAAUUAUACGAGUUUUUGAAAUUUUUGUAAUUUUAAUCAAUUGGACAGAAUUGUAAUGAAUGAAUGAUUGAAUUGAAUGACUGAAUUACUUUUAUUACUAUACUUUUACGUGCACCUGUUAUGUUGUUAAUUAAUUUAUUUUACAAAUUUAAUCGAUUGAAGAAUUUAAGAAUAUUAAUUCGAUUUAAAUAAAAACUGGUAACUAGUCAAAGAAAAA